AUGGCAGCCUGUUUUAUUGAUUUUCUGAUUCUUGUAUCUGAAAAUCUUACUGGGUUUCCAGAUAAAAUUGUUGCCUUUGAUUUAGAGGGUUUAAUUUUAAUGAAAUGUCCUUUUACCCUAACUACGUUCAUGGAGAAGGCUCUAUUUUUAAAUAAAAUAAUCUUCCAUUAUCACGAUGAACUCACAAGUGGGAGUUACUUUAAUUGUCUAUUACUUUACUUUAGUAGUCGUCGUUUUGUUCUGAGGAACCUAACUGUGGCUCAGCUGAGUUUCACAUUGUCCACUUCAGAGAACGACACACCGAAAGCUUUUCUUGCCUUUGCCGAUGGUAGUUUAUAG